AUGGCAUUCAUAACGUCCGAGCGCCCGUUUGGCAUCUAUCUAUAUGACUACUUUGCAAAAUCAUACGAGUUUGUUACUGGAAAUGAUCCUUCCGAUUUUCGAUUUAUAUCUGGCGUCACUCCAUUAUCUACUAUGGGUGAAGUCAGUUUUGCAUGUAUCGCUUAUUAUGCAUUAAUACUUGGCGGACAGUCUAUGAUGAAGAAUGUUCCCGAGAUCAAAGCAAAGAUUUUGUUCCAGUUGCAUAAUCUUGCUCUGACGACAGUUUCGCUUGCGCUUCUGUUGCUGUUUGUAGAGCAACUGUUUCCUAUUCUCUACAAUAAUGGGUUAUUCUACGCUAUAUGCAAUAAUGGUGCUUGGACCCAGAAAUUAGAGCUGCUGUAUUAUUUGAAUAAUUUGGUCAAGUACUGGGAAUUUCUUGAUACUAUGUUCUUGGUCCUUAGGAAAAAGCAACUUGAAUUCCUUCAUUGGUACCAUCAUAGCAUGACAGCAGCUCUUUGCUUUUCUCAACUUAUUGGACGUACAUCAGUGUCAUGGGUUCCAAUCACACUCAACCUCACGGUCCACGUAUUCAUGUAUUAUUACUAUUUUCGAGCAGCUGGUGGAGCCCGCAUCUGGUGGAAGAAAUACCUGACAUCGAUGCAAAUUGGCCAAUUCAUCGCCGACUUGGGCUUUGUCUAUUUCUGCACCUAUACCUACUUUAGUGAAAAGUACUUCCCGUGGAUGCCAAACGCAGGAUCAUGUGCUGGAAAUUCGUACGCUGCCGUCUUUGGGUGCGUAUUGCUCAGCAGCUAUUUACUCUUGUUCAUUCAGUUCUUUAAAAAGACAUACAGCAAGCGACCUAGUGGAAAGGUGCCACCGGCUGGCCAUUCGAUUAAUGGAAAGGGUCCUAAAACUGAAUGA